AUGUUUGACACUGUAAAAGAUCUCGCUUACUCAAUGAAGGAAAAGGUCAAGGAAACUGUAGUAGUUUAUACUAGCAGGAAUGAAAUUGAUAAGCUUCUCGUUGAAGCAACUGCAAACGAAAAUUGGAAUAUUGCUAACUCGAAAUUAUAAAUACUAGCAGAUGCUUGCAAUUCUCCGUAAUUACUUGUGUUAAAGAAUAAUAGUGAUGAUUGCAAAGUCAUAUUAGAUUAUCUGAAGUAUAAACUAGAAGUACCAGCUUAUGAGUGGAGAAGAAUAAUGAAGUCUUUAAGUGCAAUGGAGUAUCUUUUGAAAAAUGGACCUUUCAGAGUUCAAUAAGACUUAAGAAAUGAAAUGUUUAAGGUUACAACACUUCAGAAUUUUACAUAUUAUGAGGAUAAUAUCGAUAAAGGCUCAUCCAUCAGAGAAAAAGCUAUUUUACUUGCAGAUUUAUUAACAAGUCCGCAAAAGCUAGAGGAGGAAAGAGAAUAAGCAAGAUAAUAUAGAGAAAAAUUUUAUCCUAGAUCUGGAGGUUUUUAAAAUCCUGCUUAAAGUACAAUUAAUGCUUAUUCUUCAAGCUAUAGCAAUUAGUACUCUAAUGAUAAUGAUGGGUAUACAAAUAGCGCUAGUUCUUAAAAUGAUUCUGGAACUCUAGGUAAUGUUGCAAGAAACAUUGGUGGAUUAGUUGCAGGCGCAGGAUCAUAUAUUUCAGCAGGCUUUAAUUACAUUAAGCCAGGUGGAAAUGCAUAACCUAAUUCAAAUUUAAACAAAUUAGCAGGGUUUGGUAGCGAUUCGUAUAAUUAGGGCUAUCAAAAUAGUAAUUAUAAUCCUCCACUAACCUAUACUGAUCCAAAUAAUAUUAGCAAGGAUAAUCAGCCAAAAUGGGGUCCUCCUUAACAAAGUUAAUCAGAUGUCUAAAGAGGAAAUAGCAACGUGCCAGUUGUCACUACAAAAUAAUAGGAAAAUGAUGAUAAAUUGAAAAAGAGCAACAUAAAUACAAAACUUUGGGGUUAGCCGGAACCUAAAAAAAGUAAUGAAGCACAAUUGCUUUCAAGUGAAAAAAAAUCUUCAAAACAAAAGAGCUCAAACGAGAAGAAAAAAAGAAAAAGAUCUGCUUCUUCAUCAAGUUCAUCUUCGAGUGAUUCAUCUUCUUCUGAAGAAUAAAACUUGCCAGAGAAAUAAAAAUAAUCAAAAGUUGAGAUCUAAAGUAUAGUAUAAUAAGACACCAUGAAUUUGUUAGAACUAGAUCCUCUGCCUUAAACAACUCAACCUACAGGUUUCUCAUUCUUGUAAUAAAAUAGUCAGCCACUAUAAUAGCAAUAAAGCUAGCAGUAAGAUUUGUUAGAUCUUUUAGAAUCGCCACCACAAUAGCAACAGUAGCAGAAUAGUGUAACUACAAAUUAGAGUUCCUUGUUUUUCUUGUAAUAAAACCAAGUGUCCGACCAAUAGUAAAAUCCAAUGUCAUAAUUGAGUGGUCUCUAAUUUUAAACAGUAGAAUCAUAAAAUCUAUUCUCAAAUCUUUCUCUAAAGCCUAAUGCUGAAUAAAUAUAAUAACAGCAGCAAGAGUAGCAAUAGGAAAUUCAAAGAUAACAAGAGUUAUAGGAAGCUCAAUAGAAAAAAGAGCCAAAAGACGCUUGGGAAAUGGGAAUGGGCUUUAUCAAUCUGAAUAAUUUGAAGGAAAGCUAAAGUCUGCCUGGAUCACUUGAAUAUAUAAAGAAUAAUUAAAAAAGUAGCAAUAACCCCGUUUAUAUUAGACCAAAUGCAAACGGAUCUACCCAGCCAAGAUUCAUACCUAAUUUAGGAGGAUUUUAAGUCUAAAGUCAACAGCCUGUACUACAACUGACUAAUUUCUAAAACUCUCAUAACCCUUAAUAAAUACCUUAACUUAUUAACUCGACCCAAAUAAACUAGCAACCAACUGCUGCAUAGAACAACUCAUCAUCUAGCACAGCUUUCAACUUUUUGCAGCAGUCGACUUCCAAUUAAAAUCAAUAAAGAGGUCUAUUCUGA